AUGUUACCUGCCAAUCAGAACAAAUCUCGGGCGAAUGUCUUCGUCUGUAUUGCACUAGCAGUACUUGGCUUAACGAUCAGCACAGUGGUCAUUCUCUCGUUGAUUCCAGUGUAUUUAGAAGAUCCAUCGACAGCAAAAUCUCGUUCACGCAGAUCAGUUGGUGAAGCAUUCGAUGGUAGUUCAUAUGUUGUUGAAGGCUGGCGAAUCAAAUGGAAAAGAGCAGCAGAACAGUGGCAUUUACCAAUAGUAAAUCAGUUAAACACCAUAUCGCGAGAUGUUGAUUGUAUUGGUAUAGUAUCUAAUGAGUUAAACUAUAAAAUAGUGACUCAUUAUUCACAAUCUUAUCGGUAUUACUGUUUCAAUUGGAUAACUAAAAGAUCACAGGAGAUAUCUUCUGUAUCUUUUGUAUUUAACAGUAACGAAAAAAAGUACAUUUACAUUGAUGAUAUCACUUUCAACUCUACACCAAAUCUAAUUAUAAAUGGAGAUUUUGAACGAACAAUGCUCAAUGAAUGGUCUUGCGGUAAUCAAUCCUGUUCGACGAAUCAUGUACAGAAUGAAGUCAAGUCAGGACAAUACACUUUUCGUACACAUGGCACACUUGUCCUUAAACAACUGUUAUCCAAACCUAUUGAAAGCAGUGGUGAACCGUAUCAGUUGAGUUUUUGGAUGAAAAAUGAUUGUCAUCCCUCGAAUCCCUGUACGCAUCUCUCAAUCGAUGUCUAUUCACAGCACACAGUCUGCAGCUCCGUUCGUUCGUUCAGUCAAAUCAAAAUCGCACUUCGACUGAAAUUCUACACAGCAGCUGGUGUAUAUUCGUAUUUCCUAUCUAUAUACAGCACUGUUUGGGCAAGUUUAGCACCGUAA